AUGGCUUUCAGUCCUCCGUGGGCCUGUGUAAUAGUUGGUUGUGUUUCCGCUUCUUUAGUACGAGCAUCAAAUAUCUCGGAUGAGCUAUUUCUCUUUCCCCCUCUGUGGAAGGAGAGCCCAGGUCAGUUCAGUGACUACCGUGUAGAAAAUGGAAAGUACCUCAUUGACCCCUGGAAUUUCAGUGAGAGAAUGGGGAUGUACAAAAUCCUAUUGAACAAGACAGCCAGAUACUUUGAAAAAUUUGCACCAGGAAACGAACAAAAUAUAAUAUGGGGAAUGCCUCUGCUGUAUGGCUGGCAGUAUAGAACAGGCAGAUUAGCGGAUCCAACUGGAAGGACAGACUGUGGCUCUACAUCUGGAGAUCAUUUGUGCGUCUCCGUGGAUAGUUGGUACGCUGAUUUAAAUUAUUUUCUGUCUUCAUUACCCUUCCUUGCUGCCGUUGAUUCUGGCAUAAUGGGGAUAUCAUCAGACCAAGUUAUGCUUUUGCCACCACCCAAGGAUCAGAUGAAGUUUUGUUAUGAUGUUUCUAGCUGUCGUUCAUCCUUCCAUACGACAAUGAACGAGUGGAAUGCCUUUUACCAGUAUCUGCAGACACCUGCUAGUAACUUUGAUGACCUGCUGAAGUACUUAUGGACUGCACACACCUCAACCUUACAAGAUACUUUUGAAAGUUUUGAAGACAGAUUUGAUUAUUAUUCUAAAUCAGAAGAACAUUUUCAGAGAAAUUGGGUUGUAGGUGUGGAGUGUUUAGCUGCAUUGCGCUUUCCUACAACCUUGAUCUGGACAUACAAAUUCCAGAAGGGCCUGCCUCCACGAAUCCUACUUAGAACUGAUGUAGUCCCUUUCAUCAGUGACUUUACUGCUUUUCAGAAUACAGUGCUGUUUGCUCUUAAUGUGCUUGACAAAGUGGAUAAACUUACAGGUAUUUGUUCUGUGGAAAAAAUUUAUGAAGUUAGAAGUUACAAUGAAUCUAGUUGAAAUAGUUCUUGAAAUGUUUAAUUCCA